AUUUUUCUAACCAUAAAGCUACGAUAUAUGAUGCUCUUUGCACAUUGUCCGGGCAGUAAAAAGCCAGUGAACCCACUCCACUUUGACCUACAUGAGCAACAUUGUGAAUUUUGACCGGGUCACCCAGCACACAGCCUGCAUCAGCCGGGGGGGAGGACCAGCGCGAACUCGCUUCAGCCCGAACAAUCCCGCCGCACUGAGCGCGCUCGGCUUUCCUCUGAUCAUGUGCGCUUGACUUCAGAGCGCACUUGACUCCGCAGCUGCGAACAUGUCCCGUCUCGUCGCCCGUCUCUGCGUGCGCGUUUCUCGGCAGGCGACAGCCAGAUCCGCGGUGUUGCCGAGGAGGAUCCCGGCGUCCAUCCGUCCCGUAUCCACAUCCACAGGCCUUCGCUCUCUCACCCGAUAUGAUGAGACCACAGACUGGCAGAAGAAACUGACCCCAGAACAGUAUGUAGUCACCAGAGAGAAAGGGACUGAGGAGCCCUUUAGUGGGAUCUACCUUAACCAUUCAGAAGUGGGGAUGUACCACUGUGUCUGCUGUGAUGCUCCACUUUUCAGUUCAGAGGCUAAGUAUGACUCUGGGACAGGCUGGCCAGCAUUCAAAGAGGCUCAUGGGACAUGGGAGCGGGAUGAAAGCCAUGCCUCCAUCAUUCGUCGCCCUGACAACAGCCUGGGUAGCACGGGGACAGAGGUCCUUUGUAAAAAUUGUGAUGCCCACCUGGGGCAUGUGUUCGAGGACGGACCGGACCCAACAGGUCAGCGGUUCUGUAUCAACAGCGUGGCCCUCACUUUUAAAGCCAGAGGAAACGGCAAACCUGAGGAAAACUGAUGAACUACACGGACUUGCAGAAAUCACUGAAAACACAGUUUCACGUCAGGCCAGGCAGCAUGAAGGUCCAGAGUCAGAGCGUUCAGUCCCUAUUUUUUGACAAACACAGGUCUAGAAGUGAGCGACAUUAAAGUGUUUGAAUGUUUGAAUCUAGGUAGGAGUGGAAUAUCAAACUGAAAGACACUGAACUGAGAUCUUUGGACAUGUGCCCUGGAGAGAAGUCUACAAAUCUGAUGAUUUUACAUGAUUUAGACAAACCCUUCAGUCGCUUAUUGCAAAACACACAUCCCAACCAAGUAUGAUUGUUUUUUGUUUUUUUUAAUCAAUUUGAGAGGCAAAUUUGAUCUCAAUGAAUCUUAAGUGAAUGGUGUUAGUCUCUAAGUGUAGGUUGGAUGAAUCACUUGUAUUGGACAUAGUGGCUAACCCCCAUGAUGUUACAGAAGUGCAUAAUGUUUGACUUGUAAAACUAGAAAUGGCUGGCCUCUUAAUGAUCUAUCCGCUAAGGCCUUUUUAAUAAAUUAUUUCUUCUUUGUUUGAUAACUUUUUCUUAUAUUUGGAUUGCCUCUGCUUUUAAACAAGAUCACAAUUAAUAUCUUUAUUUUUCUAUCCAACAUUGUGUUAUGUAGAGCAACCAGUCAUCUCUUUUCUUCUCAAUGGCUGGCUCGUCAUCACGUCUGAAAAAAUGUCUCAAUACACUGGGCCUGAAUUAAUAAGACCUCCCUUUAUGUAAAGCUUGCAGAACACAUUUGCAUCUUGCUGCUUUGCAGAUCAAAUUACUUAAUUGUCCGUGUUACAAACUUGACUCAGAAUUUGUCAAUAAAUGCACAUUUUAUUUGCUCUCUGAA